UCCAUGGUUACAAUCGGACCACAUUUUUGAGAGGCCACUUGAACAGUUCUCGGUUAUACUUCUGUCGAAUGCCAGGUACCAAAGUUGAGAUUAUUCACCUUAUCCACUAGUGGGUCACUCCAACACAUCACUGGUUGACUAACCGUGCUGGAGUUGGAGAUACAAUAAAUUAUCAGAGUUGAGUUGACAAAAGGAACCUACUAACAUAUUGUAUGUACAUAUUCUCUCGGUCGGAUAGACAUAGGUUGUUUCUGCAGAACCUAAGCGCGGUAUUGCUAGUUCUUUCCAAGUGCAACGCCAAAAGAUACCCGUCAUCUUUUGUAUGCCCUUGUUGUGGUAGAGGUGGCUCUUCUGUGGUCAGACCCUAUUCAUGUUACUCGACAUACGUGCCCUAUCCAAGACGUUGGACAUUCACUACAGUCUAUAUCAUCAGUGUUCAACAUCUCGUUUGUCUCUCCCAUAAAAUUAUCGUUAAAUAACUUUUGCUUCAGAUCGCCAAGAUUUGAUUUGAAGUAGCCCGAGAUCUGCCGUUGUAGGGAAAUUGUAAGGAUUUAUCUUGGCAAUCCUCAUGCCGAUCUCACCUAGCGAUAUGAUAUAGUAUGUACCAAGAUGGUUAGGUGGAGGGUCUAU